AGGACUGUCAGGAGAAAAGAGAGUUGGGAAUGCUCAGACAGGCGGAUAGGAUGAGGGUAAGAAGAGGUUGAGAUGAGGGAGAGAAGAGGGAUCAGGGUGGCUGCAGAGAGACAGAGUGACAGAUCGAGAUUCACAAGCAGAUAAGCAACAGAAGGAGGAGUGGAGGGACGAAAGAAGGAGGGGUCGAAGCUGCUCAGGAGCUUAAAAACAGCAGAGCGCGAAAGGGAACCUUCAUACACACAGAGUGAACAUGGAGUAAACCGAAGGCGCUCGUCAGGAGGAAUAAAUCAGCAUCACUCGAAGGCCUACGGAGUGGAAAUGAACCGAACAAGCAAAGCAACAGAGGGACUGUAAGUACUAUUUCUUCAUGAGAACCAUCCUACCUUUGAGGAACUGCAGAUCCGUCUUCACAUCAACUAAAUACGUUUGACUGGAAAACUACACGCUCACUCUUCACUUUCGCAGAAGUGGGAUGGGAACUGAACACUGAGCAUCCGUGAGAAAUCACUGCCCUCUGAACCUGCAUCAUGUUUCCCUGGCAUGGGCCAAAAGGACCACUCCUGCCCCUGGUCCUGAGUCUUCUACUCGCCACCUGCGCUGGACAGGACAGCCUGGAGGAUCUAGACGGUGAUGACGAGAGCAACUCCGUAAGCACAGAGAGUCCUGAGACUGUGUCUUUAGAUUUGGACAUAGUUGAUCCUCACAGUACCUGGAUUGUCUUCAGGGAUAACUCAAAUAAGGGUGGAAACAAGAAGCCCAAACAAAAUAAAAGAACCUCUAAGCAUGGUUUGCCUGGUCCUCCAGGCCCUCCUGGACCCCAGGGGCCUCCAGGCCCUCCUGGCCCACUGAUGCCCAACCAGGAUGAGAUACUAGAAGACCUCCAAGUAAAGCUAAAAGAGAUUGUGGACAGCCAGUGUGAGAUCUGUGAACAGCCCCCCCGCGUGGCCACAGCCUUCCACAGCCACCUGCACCACAAUCUGCUGGUCCAGAGACGGAGCCUGCAGGAGCUCCAGCCUUUCAGCAGUCCUUCAGACACUGAGCAGUUUCAGCAGCGAGGGCAGGGCUUUAACUCCAGCAGCGGCCGCUACACCGUGAAUGUGUCGGGGUUCUACCAGCUCACAGCCAGACUGGUGCUGGAAUCGAGUGAGACUCAGAAAAGGACCCAGUCACGACAAAGGGACAGUGUGAAGGCCUCCAUAUGUAUCGAGUCUCUGUGUCAGAGCAACAUGUCUUUGGAGAUGGUAACAGGUGUGACUCCCACAGGAGGAGUGUUCAGUGUUCUGCUGACAGGAAUCUUAUACCUGCAGGCUGGAGAGUACGUGUCUAUUCUAAUUGACAAUGGAACAGGAUCUGCACUAACAGUCCACCAAGAAAGCUUGUUUUCUGGGCUUCUUCUUGGAGUAUAAGAGCUUAAGGAUAAACUACACAUGGUCAGGGACAGAAAGACUUGCAUAUGAUUAAACACCCAGACAGAUACACACAAUGAGAGAGAGAGAGAGAAAGAGUGGAAGUGAGAGGACACAUGCGGACAUACAUUCAUUGGUCACUUUAAUAGGAACACCUAUACCCCUGCCUGUUAAUGCAGUUCUUCAUUCAGGUGGCAGCAGCACAAUGCAGCUACAGUUCAGGAGCUGAACUGGACCAUAUCAGGACUCUGACAGUUAAAGACUUUUUCAGUCAUCGACGGUCCAGUUCAGGGUAGUCUGUGCCCAUGAUGGCCUCUGAUUCAACUUCUUGCCCAACAGGAUCGAAACCUUCUGUGAAGGAAGGGCUAUGAUGUUCGAUGCAUGAUGAGAUGCUUUAAUGAUCAGCAUGGUUGUGAUAAGUGACUACGUGUUCCUGUUUCCUUCUUGGCUGCUCAAACCUAUUUUCCUAUGAUCACUUAAAUCAACAAGGCAUUUCUAUACACACAACUAUUACUCAUUUAAUACUGUUUUGUUUCUAGAGGCAAAAAAAAAAACGGUGAUCAGCAUCCUCCCAGGUGAUCAGCAUCCUCCCAGGUGAUCAGCAUGCUCAAACCAGUCCAUCUGGCACCAAAAACUAAGCCAGAGAUCACACUCUUUCAGAUGUUUAAUGUAAAAUUAAGCUCUUGAACUCCAUGAUUUUAUGCAUUGUGCUGCUGCCACAUGAUUGGCUGAUUGUACACCUCCUUCAUGCUGGUAUUUAUGCAUUCCCGUUGCGAGUGUAUAUAUUAAACAGACACAGUGAGAACGACCAGUCUUUUCCAGGCCUUUUCUCCUUCUCUCCAUACACAUUUCCUUGUUUGUAAUACAGAAAUCAUAUCAGCAAUAAUAAUUAUGCCGUUUUCCCCAAGAUAUUUACACUAGGGCGCUUGAAAAACAUUUUCACCUCGACAGCGGAUUACACAACUCUGACACGUUGAACAGUGGAGAUGUACGGAUUUAUUUCAUGCGCUGUGUUUUACGCUACAGCUGUCCACUGAACAGGUUCGAGAAAUUAUAUACGUAUUUAUUUCGCAUUUUUCAACAAAGUUUGAAUGUUAAUAAAAACCUCGCUGAACCUC